AAUCGGGACUCGAGGGCGGGACCUUAGUGCCGGAGUGCUUCUUAGGGCUUCGCGGUGUUACUGUUUGGUUUGGAAGCACAGAGGAAAGCAGGCAAACCGAGCGUGGAGAUGUCGCAGUUAGUUGUGCUGUUGCUUUGCCUGCUGGCUGUCUCCACGGCGCGCCGGUGUCCUGAUGGUGGAAGCUGUGACGAUGAUGCCACUUGUUGUAAGAGCCCAUCUGGACAAUAUGCUUGCUGCCCUCUCCCAAAUGCUGUUUGCUGUGAAGACCAUCUGCACUGCUGUUUUGAGGGUACAAUCUGCGAUCUGAAGCAUUCAAAAUGUAUUAAUAAAACCAUUUCCCUCCCUUGGCUAAAGAAGCAACCAGCUGUGUCCGAAUUUCCUCAGGAAGUAAACUCCUUCCCAAUGGUAGGAACAGGGACUGCCAAUAAUGCGAUUCAGAUUGUGUGCCCUGACAAAACUUCGUGCCCCUUGGAAUACUCUUGUGCUGCCACCAACAAGGGCACCUAUGGAUGCUGCCCACUUCCCCAGGGUGUGUCCUGUGGCGAUGGGCAGCAUUGCUGUCCCAAUGGUUACACGUGUAGCAAGGAUGGAAGUUCUUGUAUGCAGCAUGGAGAAAGCUCAGUGUUUGGGGCCAUUGUUUGUCCUGACAGUGAGGUUGAGUGCCCUGAUGAUGCCACUUGCUGUAAACUGCCUGAUGACUCCUGGGGAUGCUGUCCAAUGAUUGAGGCUGUGUGCUGCGAGGACAAGCUACACUGUUGUCCAUCUGGCUCCAAGUGUGAUGUUGCUCACUCAAAAUGUGUGAUGGCUGAAGGAAAAUAUACUCCCAUGUGGAGUAAGUUUGCUGCUAGGCCGAGAGCCUCCUGGGAGAAUGAGGAAGAUCAAGAUGAAUUGAAGAACACUAACCGUGAAAAAGUUCAUCUUGUUGAAGAUGUGAUUUGCCCUGAUGGGAAAUCCAAAUGCCCGAGUGACACCACCUGCUGCUUGCUUCUUAAUGGCACCUAUGGCUGCUGCCCAAUGCCUAACGCCGUGUGCUGUCUGGACCACAUACACUGCUGUCCUGCAGGCACUAAAUGUGAUCUGCCACACAGUACGUGUGUUUCUGCUAACGGGGAGACCCCACUAAGGAAGAAGAUUCCGGCACUAACAAGGGGAAAUGAGGACAAAGUUUUUAAUGUCCCAUGUGAUAGUGUGACUGCCUGUCCCGACAAUACUACCUGCUGCAGAAACCAACAAGGAGUCUGGGCCUGUUGUCCUCUACCAAAGGCUGUGUGCUGCAACGACCACGUGCACUGCUGUCCUGAAGGAACCACUUGUGACCUGACCACUGCACAAUGCAACUCGAAAGCCGUUUCUGUUCCCUGGUUGAAGAAACUGCCAGCUAAGAAUAUUGCUGUGAAUGAAGUCAAUGGCGACGACACAAAGAGCUGUCCAAAUGGGAACACCUGCUGCAAAAAGAGCACUGGAGCCUGGGGCUGCUGUCCAUUGCCUAAUGCUGUCUGCUGUGACGACCAUGAGCACUGCUGUCCUGAAGGGUAUACCUGUGAUACAACAGCCGGUAUGUGUCUGUCUUCAAAUAGUAAUGUGCAAAUAAAGCUCCCAGCACCAACAUUAAGCGAGACAACCAAAGUUCAUAAUGUGCCAUGUGACGACACAGUUGCCUGUCCAGACAACACAACCUGCUGCAAGACUGCUAAGGGAAGCUGGGCCUGCUGCCCAAUGCCCAAGGCCGUAUGCUGCAGUGACCAUGUGCACUGCUGUCCAGAGGGCACCAUCUGUGAUGUUACCACUCUGCAAUGCAACCCCGCCGGAGUUGAAGAUGGAAAAGGUUCUGAUGACAUCGCAUUCAGCACUGCUGCGGGGCCCUGUAACUGCUCACAGGGAAUGACUUGCUGCAUUAGGAAGGAUGAGUGGAGCUGCUGCCCGCUGCCAGGGGCAGUCUGUUGUUCUGAUGGAAAGCACUGCUGUCCCUCCGGUUACGUGUGUGACAUGACUCAUAAUGCGUGCAAGAAGAGGGACAUAGUUGUGCCAUGGCUGGAAAAGCUGCCCGCCAAGAUCGAGAGUCCAAAUAAUAUAGCCAGUUCCCUGGAUAUCAGAUGUGAUGAUGAAACGAGCUGUGCGGCUGGCAGCACUUGCUGUCAGCUUCCUACUGGGAAAUGGGGCUGCUGCCCGCUGGUGAAGGCAGUUUGCUGUUCAGAUGGCCAGCAUUGUUGCCCACAGGGAUACCACUGCAACAUUCAGGUGGGCACUUGUGAGAAAGAAAGCAACGUGGCAACCCUGGUCACUCAGAAGGUCCCCACUACCCAGACCCCCAAGCAAGAUGUGAAAUGUGAUGCAAGACAUUACUGCCCAGAAGGACAGACGUGCUGCAUGAGCAAAACUUCCAAUGUAACCUGGGAGUGCUGCCCUCAUGCCAAGGGUGUUUGCUGUGAUUCAGAAUUCUGUUGCCCUGAAGGAUACAUAUGUUUAAAUUGGUUUCGAAGUUGCAUGAAGUUUCUUGACAAGAAAUGGGACGUCCUCUCCGGCCACAAAAAGAAGCUGAGCACUAGGGUUUAGUUUAGCUUUUUACUUUUGACCUUGCUCUUAAGAGCAGUGAGUGUGUGUGUGUGUGUUUAUAUGCAUUACCUACUGUGCAAUUCCCUUUUUAGGUGGUACAACUGCUGUGUGCCUCUGCUAAGUUGGCAGUAGUCAGGGUGGCUCGUGGAUCACUCUUAGCCUCGAGCAUUUGUGACCAAGCCUGAUCGCAAUAAUCUCUUUAUUCAGCCAGCCCAAAACGAUGGCUUUACAUCCUAAACCAAAACUUGGUUCUUAGUUUUGUAAAAUGGCAAAGAUAAGCCCGUUUUAAUACUCGCCAGAAUUUAUAUAAUUUAACUGUUGUCAAAUUUGAUAUUGAACACUUCCCACCACCAGCCCCAUCCGAUUCAUUAACUUGUGCAGCACUGCUCUCGGCCCUCCUUAUUUUAACUACAUUAAAGACGCAAGUGGCAUAUUUUUUAUAACCUAGCACAUUGAUGGCUGCCAUUGACACUCCAGUAAUAUUUCGGUGUGACUUUGGGUCUUUUUUUGGAAUAGGAUUGAGGUCUACCCACAAGGUUUGACCAGCGGUUAGCCCUUCAGUGCUGUUCAACAAUGCACUUUUUCCUUCUAUACAAAGCAAUUUCAAUUUUGGAAAGAUCCAGGAGUGGACUUAACCGCCCUGAAGUGCCGAUCCUCGAGGGGUUUGUCUGUUUUUGCACAGUCCACAAGGCACCUGUUCUUGGGAGUUUUACUCUUUUUCUCCUUACAUGCGGGUACAAAUUGCACUAUUACAUCCCUCAUGACUCAUAAUUUUUGGGAAUUUCAUUUUGUCCCCCUUGAUUGAAUCGGUGGUGGUGAGGGAGACCUUUCUAUGAAUCAUAUGUAGCCCUGCUGAGCUUGUUUUGCUUAAAGCAGCUGGGAUGUGUGGGCCGUGGAUUGCUGCAUAACUCCUCCGUCUUCACUCUCAUUUAAUAUUUCAAUAAAAAUGGGAUGUCUUUUUUUUUUUUUUUUUUUUUUUUUUUUUUUAACACUUCAUUUCAUUCUGUCUAUUCAAACGUGUCUGCUUGUUCUGACUGGGAAUGACAUCGCUGAGAUUCAUUUUACUAAAGUGGCCCUCGCGUAGGCAGUGCUAGACCUCUGCAGGCUGUGCUGCUAAUCAAACCUCUGCUUUUUGUAGGACUGAGUUGAAAGAUCAUCAAUACUUGUGACCCUCUGAGAACAAUUUCAAAUAAAAAUGAUUUUUUUUUUUCUAUUA